UUCCUUCGUGUGUUCAUUUCAUUUUUGUGCGAUGUGCCUGAGAUUUUUGCCCUUCGAGUUUAAUUUGUAUCUUAUUUUUCAAGUAUGAACGAAGAAAGACGUGUCAAUGACAUUGAAUACUCCGCGGACAGUAAAUUUAGAAAUUAUAACUUCUGCUUAGACAAAGUUCCUAAGGUACCUUUCGAUGAUCCUAACCUUGAUGCAACAAUACUUCAAAAUCGCCCUGUCAUAAUCACUGGUUCCAAAAUGGCUGCUCCUGCCUCGAAAUGGACGCCUGAUUAUCUACAGUCAGUGAUUGGUAAUCGCAGGGUCAGUGUUUUAGCUUCCAGAGACCAUAACUUUCUUUUCCAUAAUGCAAAAAUGGUAAACAAAGACAGCGGAGAUGCUCCCUUAACCAAAAGAACUGUUAUGAAAUUUUCUGAUUUUUUAAAAAGACUAAGAGAAUGGAAGCCUGGAGAUGACAGGCUCUACCUGCAGGAAAAAUUCUCAUCUUGCCUUGAGGCAAGUCUAGUCAAAGACUAUGAUGAAUUCAAGUGGAAUUGGAUUAAUCACAAACGGAAAGUCUAUUCGUGGGGACCUCUAACGUCAAAUCUUAUUCUACUUGCUAUGGAUGGCAAUGUCACAUCGUGUCACUUUGAUGAACAGCACAAUCUCUUUGCCCAAAUCCAUGGGUACAAAAGGUUUAUUCUGUUUCCGCCCAGUCAGUACGAGUGUUUGUAUCCAUAUCCCCUGUAUCAUCCAUGCGACCGUCAAAGCCAGGUGAAUUUUGAAAAUCCUGACCUCGAAAAAUUUCCUAAAUUUCGGGAAAUUGAAGGAGGAAUGGAAGCAAUACUUGGACCUGGGGACGUCCUGUAUGUUCCCAAUUAUUGGUUUCAUCAUGUCGAAUCAAUGAUGAAUGGAGGCCCCACCUUGUCAAUCAGCUUCUGGUUUAAAGACAAUCUACGUAAAGAAACUGUCUACCCACUCAAGGACUUUCAAAAGGUCAUAAUUUCUCGCAACGUAGAGAGAAUGUUGUUAGAAUUACUGCGCGAUCCGAAAGAAGUUAGCUCCGUUCUUAAAGCAAUGACUUUGGGAAGGUACUCUUGAAGUAUUAAACAAGCCCCUGUUUUGUCAAGGUAUCAAUCAUUUCAAUACCUAAUUUUUCUAAAAGUCCUCUUUUUUUUUCCUCAAGUUUUUCCCGUAUCUGCAGAAUCAGUUGAUUUAAGUUAGUACUAAACUAACAAUCGGAGGUCCUUUAUUUCUAGGACAUGAAAAUCAGAUCAAAUGAAUGAGCUAAGAAACAGAAUUGAACAUGCUUAUGUUAAAAAGAACUAUAUUGCAUGAAAAUUCUAUUUAGUUUCUUUUAGCACAAAUACGUCCAAUUACUCAGUGACUCCUCCAAAGAGGGAAUCUUAUUUUCGUAAACUACGGCAAGUUCUUUUAUGGAGGGCUGUUUUUAUUUGUGGUGAGCUAUCUACCAUUCGAAGGUUUAACCCUAGGCUAUGAAAAGCCUAACUGCAUGGAAUCAUUGUGAAAUCAAUUUUAGACAAAUCAAACAACUGGAUCUCUUUUGAUCACUCUUGUAUGCCUCCUCUUUUAAAAAAUCUAUUUUUUAUCUCAAUCAUUGCAAUCAUGUCCUUGGAUGACUGUAUCUAAUACCGAGAAGAUCCUUAGGCACUCUGAGUCCUAAUGGCUACUGUUGAAAAUUAAUGAUAAAGCGGUAAAUGAAGAAAUCGAUGUUUUCCCAAAAAUCGACUAUAUGCCUUGUAAUUAUUCCUAGUGUUACACAUAACCAAAGUUCCUUGGCAUGAUACUAUCAAAGAAUGACCUUCAAUCGUCUUGAUAGGUUCAAGGUAGCUUUCUGGCUCUUGGUUUUUUUCCGGAACAAUAAGAUUGUAGCUAAGAAUGGAAAUUCGGUCAAUGUAAAUUUUUCGAGCAUCUGUAUUUCCUGGAAAAGCUCUUGAAGCUAGGAAAACCUAAUCACUAUACGUCGUAAAAGGCAAUAUUUUAAGGUGAUUUUUAUGUGACACUCAAGAAAAAUACUGAAUUAUCGUACAACGCAAAAAGUAGUACUGGAAUGUAUUUAUUACUUUCGUUGCUGUCGAAGUGAAAGCCACUGUUUACCAGCGAGUAAAAUUUCACUUCGUUUGGGUCAAAAAAUUUCGUGUCAUUAUGUGUCUGAAAUCGUUAUUUUGUUUGGAAAAGGACCUGUCUUAAUUUUUUUUCCCCGAGAAAAGUUUGAACUCGUUCAGUAAUUUUUAAUUAUUAUAUUUUUGAAAAGAAGAGAGGGCAUAUGGUCUCAGGAAUUUUCCCUGAUCCUUGGAAUUAUGUCAAAUCAUGCUAAGUGAGUUCAAAGUUGCGAAUUUUGAGCUUCCAUUUAAGCAUAUAUUGUUAAGAAAGCUCCUGAAAAUAUCCUUGCCACCGUGAUCUCUUUUCUAACAGCACAAGUUCUCUGCUGUGAUUUAUGGCUUGUGCAGUUCUUUUCAUUACAUGGACCAUGGAUUAUGGCGGCAUCACCUGGGCAAAUGAGAAAUUGCAGUGGGAGGGAUGCUUCAAACAUCAUCUUGGUUGUCUCUGCCAUUGCCCAUUGAAACAGGAGCUCAAAAUACGCAACUUUAAACUCGUUUUUUUGCAGGGUAACAUUGUCAAAAAAAACUGGGAAAAUUCUUGUUAACUCAAGCCAUCUCCUUAUUUAAAAAAUGUGAGCAUUAAAAAUUACUAAAUAAGCUCAUUAUGUACACAAGUGUUCAUCUCAAAAUUAAAAAAGGUCUUUUGUCCACAAACCAAUGGAUCAUUUCCAGGUGCUCA